AUGUCUACUGAUGACCUUGUCAAGCUCUUAUCUUCUCGUAUUCGCAGAAGGUUUUCUAGAGGUUUGACCAGGAAGCCAAUGGCUCUGAUUAAGAAGCUCUGUAAGGCGUUCCCAUUUUUCUGUAGUGAUAGAGAGUAUGUAAUUGGUCGGAGGAUAUGGAACUGUAGCGAAACUUAUCACUAUGUUACAAAGUGGAGUCAAGAAGAGACGAUGGAGUAA